AUGUCGACCCUCCUUGACCCCCGCGCGUCGCGGCGCGUCGACACGCAGGACUUUAGCGCUGUUAUCCUUGUCGGCUAUGGCGAGAACCUCUACCCGUUGAACGAGGGCACCAACGUCCUCUCCAAGGCGCUCAUGCCGGUGGGCAACGUGCCGAUCAUCAACAUUGUGCUCGACUGGGUCUUUGCCGGCGGUCUGACGGACAUCCUCAUCAUCGUGCCUCCCACAGCUGAGGCCGCAAUCUCCGAGUACCUCGCCCAGACGUACUCGUCCUUCUCGCACCCCCGCGCGCACAUCACGCUCAAGAGCUACACGGACGGCGAGGACGACGACGAGCAGGACGGCGAGGAGGAGAGAGCUGGGACUGCGCGUAUCCUGAGGCGGUUCAGGUCGCUGAUCAAGACCGACUUUGUCCUCCUCCCCUGUGACAUCUCCUUCCCGUCCAACCUCACCCUCGCCUCCAUUCUCGACAAGCACCGAGCUACCCCAGACGCUGUCCUUACGUCCGUCUUCUACGAGCCGACCGAGGCUGUCCGCGAGAGCGAGGAGUCGAUGCUUGUCGGAUACGACAAGUACACAAAUGAGCUUCUCCUCAUCCAGGGCCUCGACACGGUCGAGGAAGACCUCGGCUUCCGCAUGGCCCUCAUUGACAAGCACCCCACGAUUUCGCUGUCAAAGCGACUCCUCGACUCGCACAUUUACGUCUUCCGCAACACUGUGCUCGACCUGCUCGCGACCCGCCAGUCCAAGGAGCUGAGCUCGAUGCGCGAGCAGUUUGUCCCCUAUCUCCUCAAGGGUGCCUGGCAGGACGGUCUGGGCCACCGCUGGUCGACGAUCCUCUCACCACCAAGGAGAGAUCCCCUCGCUGGUGCGCUUGCACGCAGUAUUACCACCCCCUACAACGAGGUCGGAACGUAUGCGACCCUGUCUACCCCCUCGUCGACUGGUAGCAACGAGACGCCACUGCCCGAUCUGCGCCACCCAAGUGCUGGCGACCAGCUUAUCGCGUUCAAGGCGGAAGUUGGCAAGACGGGCAAGUCGGCGCGCAAGAGCAAGCAGAACACGCCAAUCGGAUGGACGUGCCGUGUCGUUAUCCACAGGCCCGAGGAGCCCGUCGUCGAGGAGAAGCCAGCGCAGGGCAAGGGCAAGCAGAACGGCAAGGCGGCCGCCGGCCCCGAGCCCGAGGUGCUCAUCCGCGCCAACAACCUUGCUGGAUACUGGGAGGUGAACCGCCGCCUUAUCCGUUCGGUUGGUGCAGCCAACGCUGCAGCACUUGCGGCUGGAGUCGCACCCGUCCACCACCAGGUCACGAGCGGUGCUCAGCACGUCGGAGCGGGUGCGACUGCCACGACGGGCGGUACGCCUGCUGCCGCUGCGGCGGCUGACGCAAUUUCAUCCACGGCACAGAUCUCGCCCGACUCGCUCAUCGGCGACGGCGUGAGGAUCGGCGACCGCGCGAGCAUCAAGAAGUGUGUUGUUGGCAGGCACUGCAACAUUGGCAAGGGUGCCAAGCUCACGGGCUGCAUCCUCUGGGACUGGGUCACGGUCGAGGACAAUGCGCGCCUCGAGAACGUCAUUCUCUGCGGCAACGUUAGAAUUGGCGAAAAGGCCCAGAUCAAGGACUGCGAGUUUGGCCCCGGAUUCGAGGCCAAGCCCGGCGCGGUCAUCAAGGGCGAGAGGUUGGUCGCCGGCCAGGAGGUUUGA